UAAAUGACCGGCAAAAAAAAGCGAGACUAUUUGUCGUUAUGAAUCUUCUUAGCAACAAGUCGAAUUAUACACUUAAACGCAAAAAACACGCCAAACGUCGCUUCACAAAGCAAAACGCGAUCCGCGAUUAGUGUUCGGUUCGUAUUAAACGCAAAGUGUAUCGUGCGUAUGUAAGUUUUAUACAUAUUAUUAAUCGUACAUGUAAAUAAUAAGACGUAGUGUUCGCGAUGCACAUAAACACAUCUGAAAUAAUGCACCAUUAAUCGAGUAAUACCUACCGAAUACUUAACAAAAUGAAUAAUAAUUAUCGCGCAGUUUCGAUCGGUUAAAAAUGUCAAAAAAUUAUCUCGUUAUUAUUUACUGCUACAUGAUUUUCUGCUGUGAAUUGUUUUGCCAAAUCCCCUGCCACGCGAACUCCACUUCCUGGUCCGCGGUGAAUUUAUUAAUCGAUGGUCGAGCCGAUAAUCGAAGCCGAUUGCAUACCACCGAAAGCUACGGUAUCAUCAUCAAAAGUACCAACAAAAACGUUACCAAUUUCGCGGCAGCGUCGCCUGCCGGCGACUAUUGGACUAAAAUCGAAAUUACAACGCCGUCGGUCGUCAGAUCAACCCUUUUAAGAUCUAAGUAUCACGCCACCCUUACGAAUCCUCUCCAUAUAACCAGAUCAUCGCCGGUCACGUUGGCUGCGGCGGCGCAUUUAAGAAGUAUUCAAAGUGAACCAAAUGCUCAACUAUUAACCACUCAGCAGUCUACUCAGGUACCAUUGACGACGACAACUACGACGACAAUAGCCGCUGCUGGAAAUCAUUCUUCGGCCGAGAAACUCGUCGCUAGCAAUCGAUCUUCGGCAGAGCAACUUUCGUCCGUGUCGCCGCCCAAAGGCAAAAGUGGUGAAACGGGGCAUGCAUUUUUUGACGACGAUGACGAUGACGAUGAUGAUGACGACGACGACGAUUACGACGAUGACGAUGACGAAUAUAUUCAAAAGAAAGGUGACAGCGACGACGACGACGAAGACGAAGUCGUCGAUGACGAGAAAAACGUCGAGGAAGCAGCCGAUGCCGUCGAUCCUGAAGCUCAGGAAGAAUACGAAAACUACGCCGAAACCAGACCACCAAUAAUACUACGAACGAGACGGAAAAACAAACGGAAACGCGGCAAGAAACACGGCUCGAUAAAAAUCAAAGAUUUUAAAAAAUUGAGAAAAUUCAUGUUGCCUCUAUUAUUAGCGUAUAAGUUGAAAUUUUUCACAUUAGUGCCUUUAUUAUUAGGAGGAUUAGUGCUCAUCGUUGCCACGACCGGUUUCGCCGGCUUUUUCUUCGCCCUGUUUGCCGUUGGACUGGGGCUUAGACAUCAUCAUUAGUUGUUCAUCAACGACCAAUCUACCUUAUUUAAUAUUUUUAAACGUUAGUCUACAAGACGUACCUACUAUACCAACCUACUCUUAAUUACCGUACAAACCGAAUUAGGAAACAUGCUCAAUAUAAAUAUACUUGACCAUUCCCUCAAAAGCGAAACGAAAAUCAUGUACGAGUUCUUCAAAUGACUUGUACUUUUCUUUUUCUUAACCAUCAAGUGCAGAUGAUUUGCCACCAUUUUAGCAAAUGCUUGCUUUUCACAGAGAAACAAAAAUCGUUUGAUUUUAAUUAGAUAGGUAGAUAUUGCGAACUCGCCUUCCUCAGUCCAUUCGGUUUAACGAUGCGAAGUCAGAUUUAAUAUCAUUAUCGUAUUAUGUAGUAUUAAGUACGUGUAUAUUGUAUUCGUGUGUAUUUAUUUUUCUCAUUUUUUUUUAUUUCUUUUUUUUUCUAUUGGUAAAUCUAUUUGUUUAUUUCGUACCAUAUUUAUCUAAUGCUGAUAUACUUAAAUAUCUACAUUGUAAUGUACGUAAACUUUCAUUAAUUAUUUAUUUACAUAUUUACGUAUAUUAUCAUUAGGUACUCGUAUCUUCAGCUCCAUUUGAAUUCAGGCUCUUUCCUUUUUAUAAAAAUGAUGUAUAGAGGUAGGUAAUAUUUACCAUGAUCUAAAGAGAAAAGAAAAAAGAGAUUCCAAAAGUCCGAUCAAAUGGUGAAAAAAAUUGUGGAUGCUUUACAAGUUUUUAUAAUACGUCCUAAAGCAUAAAAAAAAAAUGAAAAUUCCAAGAUAUUUGUUCGUGAAUAUGUAUUCCUUUGCCUUUUCUUCCGUAUCUAUACUUUUUUCUCCUCCCUUGACACCAAUUGAUGUCACAUACUUACAGAGUCCUAUUCCAACUUGCUGAAAAUUUUUCGUUCUUGGCGAAGAAAAAUUAAAAGAGCACCUAAAAAUACACAAACAGGCUAAAUUUCAAAAGCUAAAUUCCAUGAUUUUUGGGGCCAAUUUUUCGAAUAUUUAGAUUGGACCAUUCCACAUGGAAAAAAUCAAAAUUUGAUAAAAUGAAAAAAGACAGCUGAAAUUUGCUUCAUAUCCCAUUUUCGAUCAUGUGGAUCGAUUGCUGAUGUUUUUCAAACAAUUUUGGAGCCUUUAGCAGAGUUUUGUUUUCCAGUUCAAAAAAAAAAUUAAUUAAAAAAAUUAAUUAAAAAAACACAUAAAAAGGGUCAAAAUUAAAUUCAGAAUCCAGGAGAGGGCUUUGAAUCGUACAAUCUGUUAGAAAAUACAGUUCGAAGUGUUCUUCACAUCUUUAAAGUCAAAUUUCACGUCUGUAAUACCUCAACUUUUUCCAAACGCUCAAAUUAGGUGAAUUUUUAUCAACUAUUCGUAAAAAUUUUAGCCACAAAAUCCUUCCUUUCCUCCGAGGGUUUCUAUGAAAUUCAAAUAUUUCAUCCAGGUUCACUCUUGAUUUAUUUUCUGGGUUUAGCGUUAAAAAUUCGAGGCUGUGCAGUAACAAAAAUCUGCAGAAACGACUGAAUGAUUACUGAUUUUCAAAAUUUCAAGUGCAUUUUACUCCCUCCCUUUUUUUAGUUUGCUCCAGCUAUCUCAAAUCUAAUACGUACAUUAAAUUACAAGAUUAUUCACACACAGAAUGGACUGGAAGAAGAUUGAACAGGGUUGGGAGGGGGGAAAGGGCCAAAAAAUGAAGCUUAAUAAUUUUGCGAAUUAUGAUUUUCAAACCGGUGAAAAAAUUUUGCUGAUAAAAUUUAUAAUAUUUAAAAAUGUUUCCUUUGAUCUUUGAUUUUUCAAUCUAUUUGAAAAAAAAGGUCAGUAAUUUUGCCUUUUGAUCAGAAUUUUUUCAACUUGAAAAUCACUUGGAUUCAACAUAAGAAAAUUAAAAAACUCAUUUCAAAAUUUUUAUGGGAUAAUUUAGGGCAUGUGACGCGUAUUUUGUGAAAAAUGAGAACUGUAUCUAUCUCUAAGACUUCGUUACAAAAUGGUCGCUCAAAAUGUUCAAAAUACCACAAGUUGAUGGAAAAUGAUUUAAAAAAUUGCAGUAAACAUGAGUUUUCUAUUUCAGUUUGGUGAAAAUUGAAAUCAUUCAUCGUAAAAACCACAAUUUCCCCCCCCCCCCAUCUCAAAAUAAUUGCGCUGUGAGUCAAAAAUUUUCAACAUUUUUCCUCAUUCCAGUAAUUUAUCGUUUGAAAAUCUGCCAAAGGUCAAUUUGACUAUCUGAACCCUUUAUACUUUUUUUCAAAAUCCACUUUUUUUGGAUCAAAUCCUAAAUUUCCUCUGGCAUUUUUUUUUUUUUUUUUUUUUUAAUAAGAAGAAAAAUUUGUGGUCAAAAAAAUGCAUCAACCUUGAAAAUUGAAAUUCGGUUCAUGGCUCAUUUUUUACAUUCAAAAUCGAUUGUUGGGGCCUCGAGCUAUUCUGGAGUCUUAAAGACACUUUUGAAUUUUCAAUAUUGAAAAAAAAAUUGGAAAAAUUGAAAGGAUCGUAAUGCUGCUGAAUCUGAGUCUGAAUUUCAUUUCGGUUGUUUUUGUGGGGAUUUUUUCAAAACAGGAAAAUCUGAAAAUUCGCUGGAGGCUCCAAAAUGACUCAAAACCAUCACCAAUUGAAUUUUGGGGUGGAAAGUAGGGUACAAACCAAACUUAGCUUUCAACAUAGACGAGUUCGCCAAUAAGAAGUUUUCAAUUUUUUUUUUUCAAAAAUAGUUGCUGAAAAUUUUUUUGAAAUUUUAAACCAUCAAAAAUGAACUCUGUAAGUUUAUGCAAAAAUCGAUCAAAAUGACCAUAAAAACAGCAGAUCCGAGUUUUUAGGAAUUGAAAUUUAUUUUAGCCUUUCUCAUGACAUUUUUUUUCGAACCUUGAAAAUCCAAAAAUCGGCAGCAGACUCUAAAAUGACUCGAAAUUGCCAUCAAUUGAUUUGUGAGUUUGAAAAUAGGGUACAAACCACAUUUCAGCUCUCUUGCUCAAUUUUAUUGAAAUUUUGAUAUUUUCAGCGAGAAGGGUCGAGUUGAAAUUUUCCAAAAUCUUCGAAAAAUGCAUUUCAGCGCCAGAAAUUUAGCCUUAUGAUGUAUUUUUAGACGCUGUUUUCAAUUUUUCUAAAUCUCAGCUGAUUUUGACACCUCCCCAAUCCCUUGUUAAAAAAAGCCCCACGUAUCCUAUAGACUAAGUUUUUCGAAAAAAAUAAUAGAAUCCAGAGCUCUCGACAUGGCACUACGUAUUCACGAAGAGCUCUAAAUUUUAUCAUUUUUUUCUCGUCGUCGACAACAUUGCCAACAUACGUACUAAUCGACUACUAGAUAUUUAUUCUAAGAAUAAAAUACCUAAUCUAACAUGUUACUUAUAAUAAUUUGUAAACGGUGUAUAAAAAAUAUGCUGAGUGCUUUACGACAACAAACUUUCAUUCCAUUAUUUAUUUUUUCGUUGUAUAUAAAAAAAAAAAUAAAUAAAUAAUUUGUAGCAAAAAAAUCAUAAUA